AUGGAAGAGUUUGCUGUUGCCGUUGCCCGGGUCCACGCUGCGCUGUGCGCGCUGAAAGGCGCACCCGAAUCUUCGCAGCUGGCGCACGCGCACGACUUCAUUGUCGAACUCUGGAAUGCUCGCGAUUUACGCCGUAGACAUGAGCUUCCCCGCUCGCCGUUCAUACACGCUCUCACCGAGAUGAUCGCGCUACGUUGCAGGCAACCCGGCGCCGCUGACAUUGAUCCGGAUCUGUUUACGAAUGAGUUGAGAGCAUUUGAGGACAUACCACAUACAGACUACUUUGGGAGCUUGGGAGAGCAUCAGUGGUGGCAUGCGCUACCUGGAAAAGCUUCUAGGCGAACAUUUGGCUCGCGCUCUGAGAGUGGAGCGAAACUGAGUUCUGACCUCUCGCUAAGGGACACGCUCUUGUACCUCGACGACUCAAUGGCAGCCGAUGAGAUGCGCUUUACGCCUGAUACGAGCAUCGAAGAAUCCAAGACGGAACUCGAUCAUCAGGAGCGUACCAGCCAUCACAGAGGCUCUUUGAAGAGAGACGCUCCGGAUAGCAGCAUGGACUGUGUUGGCCGGGCAUCGACAAAGAUAGCCAAGCUUGAAGGGGAUACUGAGACUGGCUUAAACCGCCCUCAAAUCGCGCUGCCGGACCCUCUAGCGGAGAGGCUCAAAAGCAUAUACCCGAGCGUGCUGGGCACUCUCGAAGCCUUAGAUGAGGUAAAAUACGGGGUUGACAACUUCCGACGCGCGCGUCUGGAAAAGGCCGCACCGAACUACCUUGUGACAGACCAGAAUGAUCAAUCUGACGACCCACCGCUAGUGUUGUUCUGUAGUUUCUCCACAUGCGAUACCCAUGAGUACUACCGCUUUACUCAAGCAGCGCUUAGGAGACACAUUGCGACGUGUCAUCUCAACCGUGUACCGCUGCUCGCAUCAUCCAGCCCAGCCGGAAGAAAGUUCCGCAAGGCGUUGCGGGAAGCGAAGACAGUGUCCUCAUACUAUUCUCUACUCCUCAACCAUAUCCAUCAGCCACGGGACUCUUCCGACUUGGAGGAUGGUAAUCUUCCACCGCUUCGACGUCCCCGUCAUAAACACCGACAUCGACGCCGGCCACGAGUCGAACAGAACGUACAUGAGGAGAAGGAAGGAAUACAAGGCGAGGAUGCAGAUUUGGAGGGUCCGCUUAUGCACUUUCGUGAGCACGUCAUGGGUGAUUCGCUGCCCGCGUAG